GCGCCCAAGGCGAGGUCGGCACUCCCCGUCCCCGCGGCUGGCGCAGGACCUCACUCGAGCGGAGCGCGCACGGGGAGCGGGUCGCGGGGCGGCGGCGAGAGGGCGGCGAGAAGGAGUCGGAGGAGGCGAGGGCGGCGAGCAGAGCGGGGUCCCGGCCGCCCCGCGGGCCAAGGUCGACCCCCCGCGCGUGGGCGAGCGCGCCAGCCGGCCCCUCGUCCGAGAGCCACCGCCACAAAGAGAACGCCGGCGCCUGCUCCCCAUGACUUCCUAGAGCGCGCGGUCCCCGCCGAGUCCGCUCCCUCCCGGGCCGCGCCCCGCGCCCCUGUGCGUCCCCGCGCGCCCCGACCCGCGCCCCGCCGGCAUGGACGUCCACACCCGCUGGAAAGCGCGCAGCCCGCCGCGCCCGGGCGCCCCGCUGCUGUCCCCGCCGCCGCUGCUGCUGCUGCUGCUGCUGCUGUGGGCGCCGCCUCUGAGCCGCGCAGCUCAGCCAGCAGAUCUCCUUAAGGUUCUAGAUUUUCACAACUUGCCUGAUGGAAUAACAAAGACAACAGGUUUCUGUGCCACGCGGAGAUCUUCCAAAGGCCCAGAUGUCGCUUACAGAGUCACGAAAGACGCCCAGCUCAGUGCACCCACCAAGCAGCUGUAUCCUGCGUCUUCAUUUCCCGAGGAUUUCUCCAUUCUAACCACUGUGAAAGCCAAGAAGGGCAGCCAGGCCUUCCUGGUCUCCAUCUACAAUGAGCAGGGCAUCCAGCAGAUCGGCCUGGAAAUGGGCCGCUCUCCUGUCUUCCUCUAUGAGGACCACACAGGGAAACCGGGGCCGGAGGACUAUCCCCUCUUCAGGGGCAUCAACCUGUCGGAUGGCAAGUGGCACAGGAUUGCUCUCAGCAUCCACAAGAAAAACGUCACCCUGAUCCUGGACUGUAAGAAGAAGACCAGCAAGCCCCUCGAGCGCAGCGACCACCCUAUAAUAGACGUCAACGGCAUCAUCGUGUUCGGCACCCGGAUCCUGGAUGAGGAGGUGUUCGAGGGUGAUAUCCAGCAGCUGCUCUUCGUCUCGGACCACCGGGCAGCUUACGAUUACUGUGAGCACUACAGCCCUGACUGUGACACCGCGGUCCCCGACACCCCCCAGUCACAGGAUCCCAACCCGGAUGAAUACUACCCGGAAGGAGAAGGGGAAGGUGAUGCCUACUACUACGAGUACCCCUACUAUGAAGACACAGAGGACCCGGGCAAGGAGCCCGCCCCCACCAGCAAGCCCGUGGAAGCUGCUCGAGAGACCACAGAGAUCGCCGAGGAGCAGACCCCAGCCUCCACGGCAGCGCCCCCAGUGCCCGACCCCAGCGAGGCUGCCAGGAGGGAGGAGGACCCCGGCAUCGGUGACUACGACUACAUGCCCAGUGAGGACUACUACACGCCCGCCCCUUAUGAGGACCUGAACUACAACGAGGGCUUCGAGAACCCCGACCUGCCCCCGGAUCACGGCGCCAGGGCCGAGGUGCCCACCAGCACCACCAGCACCGCCAACGCCUCCAAUCCUGCUCCACCUCCAGAGGACGACCUGGAAGGCGAGUUUACAGAAGAAACUAUCAGGAACCUGGACGAGACCUACUACGACCCCUACUAUGACCCCACGGUCUCCCCGUCGGAGAUAGGGCCAGGCAUGCCUGCCAACCAGGACACCAUCUACGAAGGGAUCGAAGGACCUCGCGGAGAGAAGGGUCAGAAGGGAGAGCCCGCCAUCAUCGAGCCAGGCAUGCUCAUGGAGGGGCCGCCGGGCCCCGAAGGCCCCGCAGGUCUCCCAGGACCUCCGGGAACGAUGGGGCCCACUGGCCAAGUGGGUGACCCUGGAGAAAGGGGUCCCCCUGGACGCCCAGGCCUUCCAGGGGCUGACGGGCUGCCCGGCCCUCCUGGCACCAUGCUCAUGCUGCCCUUCCGCUUCGGAGGGGGCGGUGAUGCCGGCUCCAAGGGACCCAUGGUGUCGGCUCAGGAGUCGCAGGCCCAGGCCAUCCUGCAGCAGGCCCGGCUGGCAUUGCGGGGGCCAGCCGGCCCGAUGGGUCUUACUGGGAGGCCCGGCCCCAUGGGCCCUCCAGGGAGCGGAGGUCUGAAGGGCGAGCCGGGAGACAUGGGGCCUCAGGGCCCCCGAGGAGUACAGGGCCCGCCUGGCCCGGCUGGAAAGCCUGGGAGAAGGGGCCGAGCUGGGAGUGACGGGGCAAGAGGGAUGCCUGGACAGACCGGCCCAAAGGGUGACCGCGGCUUCGACGGCCUGGCUGGGCUGCCGGGGGAGAAGGGCCACCGGGGUGACCCUGGUCCUUCUGGCCCACCUGGACCUCCGGGAGAUGAUGGAGAACGGGGUGACGAUGGAGAAGUCGGGCCCAGAGGGCUGCCUGGGGAGCCCGGGCCGCGCGGUCUGUUGGGGCCGAAGGGGCCCCCGGGCCCUCCUGGACCUCCGGGUGUGACAGGCAUGGACGGCCAACCAGGUCCGAAAGGAAACGUGGGCCCCCAGGGAGAGCCCGGGCCCCCGGGACAGCAGGGUAAUCCAGGUGCCCAGGGUCUUCCAGGUCCCCAGGGUGCAAUAGGCCCUCCAGGAGAAAAGGGUCCCCUGGGUAAACCAGGCCUGCCAGGAAUGCCCGGUGCUGAUGGACCCCCGGGGCACCCUGGCAAAGAAGGCCCUCCAGGCGAGAAAGGCGGCCAGGGUCCUCCCGGCCCCCAGGGCCCAAUCGGCUACCCGGGUCCUCGAGGAGUCAAGGGGGCCGAUGGCAUCCGCGGUCUGAAGGGCACCAAGGGCGAGAAGGGUGAAGACGGCUUUCCUGGGUUUAAAGGAGACAUGGGCAUCAAGGGUGACCGGGGGGAGAUCGGCCCCCCUGGUCCCAGAGGAGAAGAUGGCCCUGAAGGCCCGAAGGGGCGUGGAGGUCCGAACGGCGACCCCGGUCCUCUGGGACCCCCUGGGGAGAAGGGAAAACUCGGAGUUCCGGGAUUACCAGGUUACCCGGGAAGACAAGGACCCAAGGGCUCCAUUGGGUUUCCUGGCUUUCCUGGUGCCAACGGAGAGAAGGGGGGCAGGGGCACACCUGGGAAGCCUGGACCCCGGGGGCAACGAGGCCCGACGGGUCCGAGGGGUGAACGAGGCCCCCGGGGCAUCACUGGGAAGCCUGGCCCCAAGGGCAACUCUGGAGGCGAUGGCCCGGCUGGCCCCCCGGGUGAACGGGGCCCCAAUGGACCCCAAGGACCCACUGGUUUCCCUGGACCCAAGGGCCCCCCGGGCCCCCCAGGCAAGGACGGGCUCCCAGGGCACCCUGGACAGAGAGGAGAGACCGGUUUCCAAGGCAAGACCGGCCCCCCCGGGCCCCCGGGCGUCGUGGGCCCACAGGGUCCCACAGGAGAAACGGGUCCAAUGGGCGAGCGUGGCCACCCUGGGCCCCCAGGCCCCCCCGGUGAGCAGGGGCUCCCCGGCCUUGCCGGGAAAGAAGGGACGAAGGGCGACCCGGGCCCCGCCGGCCUCCCUGGGAAAGACGGCCCUCCUGGAUUACGCGGCUUCCCUGGGGAUCGCGGGCUUCCCGGCCCAGUGGGUGCACUCGGACUGAAAGGCAGCGAAGGCCCCCCUGGCCCGCCGGGCCCCGCGGGAUCCCCGGGGGAGAGAGGCCCUGCCGGCGCUGCCGGGCCCAUCGGAAUCCCAGGAAGACCCGGGCCCCAAGGACCUCCAGGGCCGGCUGGGGAGAAAGGAGCUCCUGGUGAGAAAGGUCCCCAAGGCCCUGCUGGCCGAGAUGGCCUCCAGGGUCCUGUGGGGCUCCCCGGACCAGCCGGCCCCGUAGGCCCCCCCGGAGAAGAUGGAGACAAGGGAGAGGUCGGGGAGCCUGGACAGAAGGGGAGCAAGGGGGACAAAGGAGAGCAGGGUCCGCCUGGGCCCACCGGUCCUCAGGGCCCCAUCGGACAGCCGGGCCCCUCCGGAGCCGACGGCGAGCCAGGCCCUCGUGGCCAGCAGGGCCUUUUCGGGCAGAAAGGUGACGAAGGCCCACGAGGUUUUCCUGGGCCCCCCGGGCCAGUGGGGCUGCAGGGUCUGCCGGGACCUCCCGGAGAGAAGGGCGAGACGGGGGACGUGGGUCAGAUGGGCCCCCCUGGGCCCCCCGGCCCCCGAGGACCCUCCGGGGCUCCAGGCGCUGACGGGCCACAAGGACCUCCGGGCGGGAUAGGCAAUCCCGGCGCCGUGGGAGAGAAGGGGGAGCCUGGCGAAGCUGGAGAGCCUGGCCUGCCCGGAGAGGGGGGCCCUCCGGGACCCAAAGGAGAAAGGGGCGAGAAGGGCGAGUCGGGGCCUUCCGGUGCAGCUGGGCCCCCUGGACCCAAAGGCCCUCCUGGGGACGACGGUCCCAAAGGCAGCCCCGGCCCUGUGGGCUUUCCUGGAGACCCUGGCCCCCCCGGAGAGCCUGGCCCCGCGGGUCAAGACGGGCCGCCUGGUGACAAAGGGGACGACGGUGAGGCUGGGCAAACGGGAUCCCCAGGCCCUACUGGUGAGCCGGGACCAUCUGGGCCUCCAGGAAAACGGGGCCCCCCCGGCCCCGCAGGCCCCGAAGGCAGACAGGGAGAGAAGGGAGCCAAGGGGGAAGCCGGCUUGGAAGGCCCUCCGGGGAAGACUGGCCCCAUCGGCCCCCAGGGGGCCCCUGGGAAGCCCGGGCCCGAUGGCCUGCGAGGGAUCCCUGGCCCUGUGGGUGAGCAAGGUCUCCCAGGCGCCCCGGGCCCCGACGGCCCCCCUGGCCCCAUGGGCCCCCCAGGACUCCCCGGCCUCAAAGGAGAUUCUGGCCCCAAGGGGGAAAAGGGCCACCCGGGCUUGAUCGGGCUCAUCGGGCCUCCCGGCGAACAGGGGGAGAAGGGUGACCGCGGCCUCCCCGGCCCCCAGGGCUCCUCUGGCCCUAAGGGAGAGCAGGGCAUCACUGGUCCUUCCGGUCCAAUCGGCCCCCCGGGCCCUCCCGGCCUGCCGGGUCCUCCUGGACCAAAAGGUGCUAAGGGCUCCUCGGGUCCCACUGGCCCGAAGGGUGAGGCUGGCCACCCAGGACCCCCCGGCCCGCCGGGUCCCCCCGGCGAGGUCAUCCAGCCCCUGCCGAUCCAGGCGUCCAGGACCCGGCGGAACAUCGACGCCAGCCAGCUGCUGGACGACGGGGCGGGCGAGAGCUACGUGGACUAUGCGGACGGCAUGGAGGAGAUCUUCGGCUCACUCAACUCCCUGAAGCUGGAGAUCGAGCAGAUGAAGCGGCCCCUGGGCACGCAGCAGAACCCGGCGCGCACCUGCAAGGACCUCCAGCUCUGCCACCCCGACUUCCCGGACGGUGAGUACUGGGUGGAUCCGAACCAAGGCUGCUCCAGGGACUCCUUCAAGGUUUACUGCAACUUCACGGCCGGAGGUGCCACCUGCGUCUUCCCCGACAAGAAGUCCGAGGGGAGUAAAAUGGCCCGCUGGCCCAAAGAGCAGCCUUCUACCUGGUAUAGUCAGUACAAGCGAGGGUCCCUGCUCUCCUACGUGGACGCCGAGGGCAACCCCGUGGGUGUGGUGCAGAUGACCUUCCUGCGCCUGCUCAGUGCCUCCGCCAACCAGAACAUCACCUAUAACUGCUACCAGUCGGUCGCCUGGGAGGAUGCCGCCACGGGCAGCUACGACAAGGCCCUGCGCUUCCUGGGCUCCAACGACGAGGAAAUGUCGUACGACAACAGCCCCUACAUCCGUGCCCUGGUGGACGGCUGUGCCACGAAGAAAGGGUAUCAGAAGACGGUUCUGGAGAUCGACACUCCCAAGGUGGAGCAGGUGCCCAUCGUGGACAUCAUGUUCAAUGAUUUCGGUGAAGCGUCCCAGAAAUUUGGAUUUGAAGUGGGGCCGGCUUGCUUCCUGGGCUAGGAGCCGCGAGCCCGACCCCCGAGAGCAACCUCGUGACCUCAGCGCGCCGUCUGCGGGCGUCCUGGACAGUGAAGGCCCCUCGCCCCUCCCCCGACCUCGUCCGCGCGGCUCCGUGCCCAGCCAGACCCCACACCCACAGAGAGCUAAGGGGAAGGGCUGAGUCCCCUACCCCGGAGCCGAGUCACAUGACCUAGACGGCCCGCCACCACUGGGCCCCCCACUUUCUCAGGCCCCUCCCGUCGCCACCACAUGCCACAGGGAUGGGCGGGGGCCACACUUUUGCCACGGAGCUGGCCGACCCGUCGCCUGCAGGGAGGGGUCACUGGGCCGGGGCGGGGGAGGGGGCGCAGUAUUCGGAGAUCACUUUUUUUUUUUUAAUUCAACUUGAAGAUGUGUAUUUCCCCCGACCUUCAAAUCAUGUUCUGAGGCAAGCCUUGUCAAGGUCGUCCCCGCCCAGCCAAAGCCUCUGUUUUCAACUACACGAUCCAUUCAUGGGCCAAAUGUCAUUCCGCAUGUGCCUUUCCUAUGGAUUCAAGGUGCUUUCGUUUUUGUGAGUUUUAAGUAAAUAUUUGUAUUGUAUUGUCAUAAACGUGCAGCGUCCCUGACUUUCAAUCAUGCACGGGAACCCAGCUUCAGCCCCACCGGAGAGUGGGGACAGGGGGUGGGCAGUCCCAUUCUGGUGAGAAGCGAGGUGCCCCCGGCCCCACCCGGGCCUAGAACGUGCAAUAAAGCGGAAGAUUGCCCGGGGGACACACGGCCGUUUGGCCAGCGGGCGCCACGUCCCUCUUCACACAAUUUUUUCAUCAGCUCUGUAGGGUUUUUUUAAUGGAGAGGGAGAAGAAAAAAAACAGAAGAACUUUAUGCUUUGCCUUUCCUUCAUGCACUUAGAUUAAAACGCAGGCAUAAAUUAAUUUUAAUUGCUUCCUUUCUCCAGUCUUCUUCCCGCAGAGCCUAAUGGGAGUAUGUCCAGGGCAGGGAACCCACACUCUCUGUAGAUGGUCCUUACGUGAUAAUUGGUGCUCACUUUACACUUGUCUUUUGUGGUGCUAUCUGUUCUAAGGUCUCCUUGAAAGGCAACGCGGGGGUGCGGGGCCGAGCCGCCCCCUCCCGCCUUCCGUGGACCCGGUCAUCACCCCCACAGUGCGGGUCCCUGCCAAGGACGUAAAGGUAGACGUGUGCCUCCUUCCUUCCCGCUGGGCCCACGCGCUUCUGCGCCCGCGGCUCACGGCGAGGCCCGCUUCCAUUGUCAGGCUGUGCUUCCGUGGCUUGAAAACACACCCACACAAGUAAAAGCUGCCCUGCACUGUCCGUGCUGGGACGAUCGCAGGCUGUAUCUGGUUGCUGAACGUUUGGUGCUAAUUUCUGUGUUUGUGCCGAGAACUGAAUCAAAGCUACGUGUGCGUCCCAGCUGGGUGGCCCGGGCGGGGCCUCGGUGCCCGGGCAGGGGGGCCGCAGGCUCUGCGGGUGUCUGCAGGGCUGCCGCAGGGCCUUCUCCCCACAAGAGCGAUUUGGAUUUCCAUCCACAAGCAUCCCGGGCUCAGGUCUCGGCCGCAGCGGAGCACAGGGCUGGCGAGGCUCCAUCUCGGUUCCGUUCCUUCUCCACGAGCGAGGGCCAGGGGCUGCCUUCCGGGGGCGGAGGACCUGAUGGCCCAGCGAGGACUGUCUGUCCCUUUACUGUGAAAAGCUGGCCAUGCCCUUUCCUUCCGCGAUGGGGGAAGCAGGUGGGGCCCCCGGGCCCUGCUCAGCCCCCUCGGGAGGAGAUGUGACAGGCUGGGUGCUGUCCCCUGCCCACCCUGGCCCGCCAGGGAGACCACAGCAGAGAGCCCCCCCCCCCCCGCCCCGGGCAAAACGAAAUCACCCACUAGGAUUUCCCGAAUUCUCGUGGAAACUGAAUCUUGCUGUUGCCAAAGAAAAGCCUGGCUUCAAGGUUCUUUCACGCCUGGGAUGCUGGCCCCCCGCCAAUGGCGGCCACGCCCGUCUCUUCCCAAGCAAAGCCGUACGCCAGGGCUGCCGAGCGGUGCUCCGUGGGUGUUGUCUAGGUCAUGUGAUUCCGUUUUGACCCCUCGUCCCUCCCGAGUCCGCCGCUCUGUCCUCCCCAUCCUGUGGUCCCUUUAAAGCUGUCGUCAUUUGUACUGAAGUCAAACGUGUCCCCUUCUCCCCAGGCCACUUCGCUACGGUAUAUUGCAAUAAAAAAUACUUCUUAUAUUUGCAGAAAUUCUCCUGGCGUAAUUCUUAUUCUUCUUGUCGAUACAGCUGGUCACUUGUUGCUGGAAAGGGAGAAGCAUGAGCGUCUAAAAACCCACAGAAAAGGUCUGAGACGUUGGGCCCUUUAAAAUACAAUGUCCAAUGACACCUGUCUCUUGCCCAAAACCCCCCUAGACACGUUCCUAAGUUUUACCUGUAAGGCCCAAGGAGGGGUGUUUUAAAAUAUUUUAAACCUGUGCGACGGAAGAGUCCUUGUAAGAGUUUUUCAAUAAAUCAAGUCUGCUGUUUCCACCGUGAA